AUGCUGGUUUUACCUACGCCGCCGUCUGAGCACUUACACAAUUUCAGCCAGAACAAUCAGACCUCUACCCUCGCUAUUGCGGCCCAGGAGGAGAGGGACCCGGUUUCCAAUGCCGACGAGUCUGAAAGCAACGGACAAUUUUGGAACCAUGCAGUAAGCGCUGCAUUGAAGACCCUCAUGGGAAGGGCCGGCUACGACGCAAUCCCGCUACAAGAAAACCUGGACUUCGUGUCUCACAGUGUGGCUCCAUUCUUAGGGACACGUCCGACGGCCCCUGGACAGCCGCCGCAGUGGAAAAGCUUCAUGACCGAUGACCACUCGCCCUUGGAAUACAGCUGGAACUGGGACGAGGAACCGCCAAUCGUCCGGUACAGUUUCGAGCCCAUCGGCCCUCGAGCCGGUACGGGCCGGGAUCCAUACAACCAUCAGGCCCCGAUGGCGUAUGUCGAUCACCUCCGCCGUCGUCUCCCAGCCGCCGAUUGGCGUUGGUUUACCCACUUCGCCGACGCCUUCUACCAGGAUCCAAUUCCUGGCAGUCCGGGUGCUUCUGCGAGUCGGGUUGCAUCUAGCACUUCCUCCAUCUUUAUUGGCUUUGACCUGGCCCGCGACGGCCGAAUGAUGUGUAAGACGUACCUCGUGCCUGUCAAGGCCGACCAGACAGGCAGAUCACGAUUCGCCGUCCUCCACGAAGCCGUGCAGUCACUCCCUCAGUAUCCCGAGCUGCCGGCCUAUGCCCCCUUGGAGCGUCUGCUCCGACGUCGCGAAGAAGCGGGCACCCCGGCCCACAUUAUUGGCGUGGCAGUGGACUGCGUUGAGCCGUCCGUGUCGAAGGUGAAAAUCUAUUUCCGCAGUCCCACGACGACGUUCACGAGCGUCAAGGAUACGCUGACAGCUAAUGGAACGAUUUCCUCAUGGGACGCCCCUGCCCUGCAGCAACUGGAAGAGCUGUGGUCGCUCGUCUUCGAUCUCCCGUCGGAUUUCUCGCACGAUCAAGAACUCCCGUUGAAGACCCAUGAGACAUCCGGCAUGCUUUUCAACUUCGACAUUAAAAUGGGGAACCGGGAACCUGAAACGAAGGUGUACAUUCCCGUGCGACACUACGGGCAAAGCGAUCAUGCUAUCGCGGUAGGCUUAGUGGAAUUUCUACGGCGCCGACGCGGCCAUGCGCAGUCCGAUGAUCGCUUUCUCCAGGCUCUGCAAGAGUACACAUCGUUUCGAACGCUCGAACAAGGCUGUGGAGUCCAGACAUACAUUGCAUCAUUCAUGAUCUCCGUCCAUGUAGUGAUAAUUCACGGCUUUGACGAGAUGUUGAAGGAGCAUGUGUCGGUUGAAUAUCUGGAGGCGGAUAUUUCUGAGCAACUAAUUGUCGCGGCGUCGGUCAUCUUGGUCGUUACCACCAUUCUGCUAGCUCUACGCCUGUAUGUUCGCAGCCUACCGAGUGUCAAGUCGGGGCUGGAGGAUCUCCUGCUUCUACCGGCGUACCUUCUCUCGGUGGGAGCAUGUAUCACUGCUCUUCUCGCCGUCACUAAAGGGGGUGCCGGUCGCCAUGUCGAAGCCAUCCUGCUCGAAGACCCAAACAUGGUCGUUGUACGAUCGAAACUCAUCUACUCCCUCAGCUGGCUGACAGCCUACUCAAACUGCUUCUCGCGAGUCUCCGUCCUCAUCCUCCUCUUCAACAUCUUCACCCCGGGUGUCACUCGCACAUGUACCGUUCUUCUGAUGGUCUACAUGGUCCUAUUUGUAAUCUCGCAAACGAUCACAGGAUCUAUGGAAUGCCGACCGAUAGCCAAACUCUGGCACCCGAAGCUCGAAGGCACAUGCAUCGACCUCUUUCUCUUCUUCAAGAUGAGUGGCAUCUUGAACAUUGUCGGAGACGUGGCCAUCGUGCUUCUCCCUGCGCAUAUGGUCUGGAAUCUACAUGCAUCGGUGGCCAAGAAAGUCGGGAUUGCCUUCGUCUUUCUGUCAGGAAGCAUCGGCAUAAUUGCAUCUUGUUUCCGCACCGCUUCGUUUUUCACCUCGCACGAGACGUCGGCAAUUGAUCCUACCUGGGCCGAUGUGGAAUUAAUGAGCUGGACUAUCGUCGAAAGCGGCAUGUACAUGUCUGCUGCGUGCACGAUGCGCCUGCGGCCACUGUUGCGCGAACUCUCCGGGUGGUUCAAGCAGUUCAAGACGACGAAUGCGAGCAACGGCACCGAGGGGAUAUCGGGAAACUCACAAGAGGCGGACAAAGGAUAUAAGCUGAAGUACUACCCGAAACAAGGACAUAUCCCGCUUAGGUCGUUUGAUAAAGAUUUGAAUCGGGCCGGUUUGCAGGAAGGUUAG